CGUUGCUGCUCGUUUCUCCUCGGCAUCCUGGUCCUUUUGCAUUCCCGGUGCACCCUUCACCCAUCGCUAUCGGGCCUAUUAGCUUCUCUUCUCUUCCUCCCACCCUUGGGCCGUUCUUCUCUUUGACCUCUUUUUCCUCUUCCUGUCUAACGCAUCGUCGAUCCUCGCAGCAUCACCCGCAGCUGCCGGGAAUUCGCCAUGAGCGUCCUGCUGGAAACCUCGCUGGGUGACAUCGUCAUUGACCUGUUGGUUGACGAGUCGCCCAAAGCCUGCGAAAACUUUCUAAAGCUAUGCAAAGUCAAAUACUACAAUUUUUCGCCUGUCCACAGCGUCCAAAAGAACUUCACCUUCCAGACCGGCGAUCCGAUUGGUCCAGACUCCCCAGAAAGCGAUGGUGGAUCGUCGAUAUGGGGCUUGCUGCAAGGCCCUUCUCACCGGACAUUUCCCCUCCAGCUCCCGCCAAAGUUGAAGCAUGACGAGCGCGGCACGGUGAGCAUGGCUACCGUUCCUUCCCCCAAUGACCCGGAUCUGCGCAUUGCCGCUAGUCAAUUCAUCGUCACACUUGGAGACAACCUCGACUACCUGGAUGGCAAGGCCGUGAUCUUCGGGAAGGUCGUCGAGGGCUUCGAUGUCCUGGAAAAAGUCAAUGAGGCCUUUAUCGAUGAUCGCGGACGACCUCUCAAGGACAUCCGUAUCCGUCAUACUGCGAUUCUCGAUGACCCGUUCGAAGACCCUCCGGGCUUGGUGGAGCCCCCCGAGAGCCCGGUGCCGUCCAAGGCGCAGCUGGCUACGGUGAGGAUAGCGGACGAUGAGGAGUUGGAGGACAACAUGGACGAGGAAGCCAUGGAGAAGCUCCGACGGGAGCGUGAGGCAAGGGCGCAGGCAUUGACGCUGGAGAUGGUUGGUGAUCUGCCAUUCGCAGAGGUGAAGCCGCCAGAGAACGUCCUGUUCGUCUGCAAACUGAACCCGGUCACUCAAGAUGAGGAUCUGAACCUGAUCUUUAGUCGCUUCGGGCCCAUUCUGUCUUGUGAGGUCAUCCGGGAUAAGCGAACCGGUGACAGUCUACAGUACGCUUUCAUAGAGUUUGAGAACCAAAAGGACUGCGAGCAGGCGUAUUUCAAGAUGCAGGGGGUCUUGAUUGACGACCACCGUAUCCACGUGGAUUUCUCCCAGAGUGUAUCCAAAUUGUCCGAGAGCUGGCGCAAUGCUACCAUUUCCAAGCGCAGCAGCCAACGAGGCGGCUUUGGCGGUGUAGCCGGCCUAGAAAAGAAGCGCCAGUAUCGGGCAUCUGAAAACACCCGGCACCGGGACGAUUAUCAUAUGGUUUUCGAUAAGAACGAGCCCAAGGGGAGGCCUGAUCGUCCGGACCGGUCCGACAGUCGAAGCCCACCGAGGAAUUCACAACGGGAGCGUCGAGGCAGUCGAAGUCCCAGACGGGAUUCCUAUCGCAGUCGGUACCGGAAUCGAUCCUACAGCCGGAGCCCCCCACGGCGGGAUUCCUACGGUGACCGAGACCGUCGGUAUAACGAGGGCGAGCGUCGACGGGAUCGACGGGAUGAUGAUAGAUAUCGAGAAAGGCGGCGUCACUGAGGUUUGGGGAGAUGGAACAUAUACCCAACUAAAAGUAUGAUAAGCGAGGAUCCCUUUUGGGGCCCGGCCAGGACUGUCAUGGGCCGGAAGCAUGACACCCUGUAAAUAUAAGAAGCAUUUGGUUGUACCAGGCUUCCUGACAGGUCCAGGCCCCUCAGGGGGUCAGGUGAACAGGCCGCAGGGAAGAGUCACUGAUCGCGACCCUCCAUCGGACGGACCUAUCCAGGCUGUGUCGAUGGCUGAUGCACUGCGCCAACCAACAAGCUACCAUCAUCUUACCUAGUACUCUUCUUCACUGCUGUUCUCAACGUCU